AUGUCUGAUAAAAUCAUUGAAGCUGCAGGAGAAUGGCUUGUAAAUCUUUGUAGUGUCAAGAGCUCAAUUGACGACAGAGACCAGGUUCUGACACCCCUCGAACAACUCAAAUUGGAUGAAUUCUUCACUCUUCAUGGCCAAUCUCCGAUAUUCAAGCGAUAUCAUGUCGAAGCCAUCCGACGGUGUCUAUCCAGAGACAUCAGACCAGAAUACCAACUAGCUCGUGCACUGAUGGAGCGAGAUGAUACGUGUCAUCUCUUUCAGGAUGAGAAUGAUGUCUUGCAAGUAGCCAUCAAAAGCGCCAAGAUAAAGCCGGGGCUGCUUGGUAGAUCACCACUCGAGUCAAACCCCGAGCUUUUGGAAAUGGUAAAACUACUCAUGGCUCACGGAGCGGGGGUAAACUGUUUGGACGGCGAUGAAUACUCGCCUCUUUACUACACUUGCGUGUUGGGAUAUGCCGACCUGUUUCAUUUUCUGGUCUCUUCUGGAGCGGAUAUCUCAACUACGCAGAAGAGGAAUGUUCCGAAACAGGUUACCAAGUUGAGAGAGAACCCGGAGAAUGCAUCACACGACAAAGAAGAGACAGUUAAUCUUCUACAAGUAACACUAGAUGCCCUCAUAUCGCCCCAAAACAUCGUUGACCUGACUUGGGUCGGAUGGCCUCCUGGAGUCGACUAUGAUAGGCCCCUAUGGGCAAUGGACAUUGACCUUACAUGGGGCGGUAUCAUACUAUGUCUUCUGCAACAAGGGCUCGUUUUUGCCAAAGACGACUUGGGACUUAUCCUGCUACUUCACAUCGCUUGUAAUCAAGGAUCACAAGAUCUUGUCCAAGAGCUCUUGGACUAUGGCGUCAUGGCCGAUGUACCUGGUCCAAGAAUAGUAGACGGUGGACAAGGCGAAGGCUCAACUUGCGGAACGGCAAUGCACGCUGCAGCUGCUGGUCGGCAACUGGACAUUGUAAAAACUCUCAUUUCUCGAGGCGAAAAUCCAGGGUUACGACGACAUUGCAUUUUCAACCGACAUUCUACCAAUGCACAGGUGGCACCUAUCGAGGUUGCGAUAGCCACCGGCGAAUACGAAGAUGAUGAGAACCUUCAGAAAUUCCUCCAAGCUUUCAUCACCGAAGCUAAGGACCUCGAGAAGACUGACCUAAAAACAGUCUUGAACUGGUGUGUUACGUCCAACGCAGUCGGCUUUGCCAAAGAUCUUUUGCAGCGUGGUGUUAGACUGGAUGAGGUACCUCGUGGCGUCAGGGGGGUUGAAAUGGCACAGCUUCUCAUCGCACACGAUAUCAAGCCGAAUCCUGAAGCCUUGCAGAAGGAUGCAUUGAACAAUAACCGCUUGGACCUACUGUGUUGGUGUGUUGACGAGUAUGGCCCUCUUCUACCUCAAGAUCAAGUAUCAUGGGGCAAGAUGGCACGUCGAUUAGUCUCAGGACGCACAUACAUGAAGACGGUCGAGUACAUUAUCGCUGAAUAUCCUGGAUUGCAUAUUGACUCAGUAUUAAUUGCACCAACAUCAAACCGGAAUGGCGAAGAGAAAACCAUGGAGACGAGUUGGCUGCACCUGGCGAUUGUGGAAUGCAACACCAAAUUGAUCCGGCUACUUUUGGAAGCUGGGGCUGACGCCAAUUGCCCUGGUCUACCAGUGGACGCUGCGACGGCUAUGAAAAGAUUAAAACAGUAUGGUGUCAGAAACAUUAGAGAUCGGCUGGAAGUCAUCAAAAUGAUACAAGAAAGGCUCUCUGCGGGCGGGAAGUGGGAUGUACCCUCACUAGAUGAAACAAGUUCUCUCGCAGCUGAGGAUAUAGCUGCAGAGAGGAAAGCCUGGGAUGAGAAAGUCAGACGCCUAGUGCAGAACAGACAGGAGGUCCCUCAACCGAUACAACCUGAAAGAAGAGGUUCUCCGUCUGCAGCUGUACACGUCACCUCUACUAUGGAUCACUAUAAACCGUUGACCAGCAGCAGUUCUUUCCGCCUUCUUGAGCUCCUACCCUCAGACAACAGAGCGGAUCCUUUAGCUGGUCGCUUAGUUGAUAGUGACAUCACGUUCCAACCCGAAUAUGAGGCCUUGUCUUAUGUAUGGGGCGACGUCAAUCCCGCCAGAUACAUCAGCAUUGGCGACAAUGACAUAUCUAUAACGCCGAAUCUGCAUUCCGCACUCACUCAUCUUCGCUCCGCGGAUAGUGUCAGGGUUAUCUGGGUCGACGCACUUUGUAUCAACCAGUCAUUCCACGACGAACGGAACCAACAGGUUAGAAUCAUGGGCGACAUCUACAAAUCAGCAAAGCAAGUUAUCGUAUGGCUUGGAGACGCAACUGACGAUUCUCAUCUCGUCUUUGACCAUCUCAAAGACGAUGAUAUCGCGAAUUCUUUUCCAAAUUACCCAAAACAGCCAGAAGCAAAGCGAAAAGCAUGGAACGCGAUUGUCAAGAGGCCCUGGUUCUUCCGCACGUGGGUGAUUCAAGAGUUAGCUCUUGCUCGCAGAGCAGUAAUUAUGUGUGGAGAAGACACCACACUCUGGCGGAAUAUUGAGGAGAGCUGGAAACCCGACUUUUCAGGCGGUGCCAAGGGUUUAUCGACGAUUCGUAGCUUUCCUGGAAACGAACCGGACCAUCCAAUCUCGGGAUUUAACCCUGAUCGUCAUGUUUGGAGACUGAGGCUUCUGGAUACCGAGAGUGAUCCCAUGAGCAUUCUUCGUUAUAGCGGCGUUUGCGGAGCGACAGAAGUGAGAGAUAGGAUAUAUGGAAUUCUGGGCUUGUUUAAACCGGGCUUUAUUGACGUUGAUUAUAGCCUGCCUGUGGAAAGCAUCUUUCAGCAGUUUGCAGAGGCCGUGAUUCAAUCGACUGGGCGCCUGGAUAUGUUGAAGCAUGCUGGGGAAUCGCAAAAUUAUCCGAACCUUCCAUCAUGGGUGCCCGACUUCAACGAAGCAUCAACAAGGAUUAUUUCUGGGUAUGGUUGGUUUGCCCCUUGGAGGGUAGAUGCUCCGGACGAAUACGAGAUCCGAUGCGCCGAUGGGAAGCAGAUCAGUAUUCCCCGGAAGCACUUGGCGCAAAAGUAUCUUCCAGGACUUGCCUUCUCAGCGGACGGAGCGUUGGUGAUAAAGGGCAAGAUGGUUGAUACCAUCCAAACAGUGGGUGUUGAGCUUCCGUGUGGGACAUCGCAUGCUCCUGGAACAGAAGCCUUUGAUCUUGUGAUGAAAGAGUGGGAAUCACUCGCGACAACACUGAUACCUGAAUGGAAGUCCUCGAUUUCUUCCGUAUCUUCCGCGUUUGCUGCGACUAUCUCGGCAACCCGUGGGUCUCAGAUCUACAGUGUUGAUAUGGGUUUCACCCAAUGGUAUCGUCACUGCGGAGCAAAAAUACUCGAAAAAGCCGACCCCUCUAUGUUUAUCCGGGAUCAUGAAUUUUACCUCUGGUGGUGUGAUGCCGGAAAGCCUGAAGAUUCUGAUGGUGAAGAGUACGGGGGACUUGGAUACCAUAUUCGUGACUUUUCCGACAAGAUGAUGGCUGCUAGCUAUGGUCGCUGUCUUUACACCACAGAAGAUGGAUCAAUGGGCCUUGCGGGCUCUAGGGUCAAGGCAGGUGAUCGGAUUGUCUACUUUCCUGGCUCAUCUGACCCUUUUGUUUUGCGUGAGAGGGAGGAUGGGAAGGGAUGGACUUUGGUGGGUGAAUGUUAUUUGUAUGGGUUUGAGAUCGAUGACCUUUUUUAUGGCAAGGAACAAGUUGUUGACGAUUUUAGCAUUUAUUAG